UGCAUGAUAAAAAAAAGUGAUCCAGAAUCCGAAUAUCUAUUGAACUUGAGAUCGCACGACGUCGUCUGUUGAACGCGUGGCGUCAAGUUUCCCUUUUCCACUCGACAAACUAAACUGAAACUGAUACACUGCGUUCGGAGUAAGCAAAACAAACUACUACUCCCAAAGUACCAAACAAAUAGCAAUUGAAAGAGUGAGAAAAAAGAGAGAGAAAAAAACAAAGGUCUAAAUUCAACAAUGGCAGAACCUAAGGUUAAGUACGAUCGCCAACUCAGAAUAUGGGGUGACCAAGGACAAGCAGCCCUCGAGAAAUCUAGUAUUUGCUUACUUAACUGUGGCCCAACGGGUUCUGAAACACUGAAGAAUCUUGUUCUUGGUGGGAUUGGAAGCAUCACUGUAGUUGAUGGAUCUAAAGUCGAAGAGGGCGACCUUGGAAACAAUUUUUUGGUGGACGAGUCAAGCCUUGGAAAGUCAAAGGCAAAAUGUGUUUGCUCAUUUCUUCAAGAGCUGAAUGACGCAGUUAAAGCUAAGUUUGUAGAAGAGUCUCCUGAAACAUUGAUUGAGACAAAUCCAUCAUUCUUUUCUCAAUUUACUUUGGUCGUUGCCACUCAGCUCGUGGAAUAUUCAAUGAUUAAGCUUGACCGAAUCUGCAGGGAGGCAAAUGUGAUUUUGAUCUUUGCUCGCUCCUAUGGCCUUACAGGGUUUGUUCGAAUUAGUGUGAAGGAACAUGAUGUGAUUGAGUCAAAGCCUGAACAUUUCUUGGAUGAUCUACGUUUAAAUAACCCUUGGCCUGAACUCAAGAGAUUUGCUGAUGACAUUGAUUUGAAUGUUCAAGAUCCUGUGGUCCAUAAGCACAUACCAUAUGUUGUCAUUCUUGUCAAGAUGGCUGACGAGUGGGCAAAAAGCCAUGGUGGUAGGCUUCCAUCGACUAGAGAAGAAAAGAAGGAGUUCAAGGAGCUUCUUAAGGCUGGGAUGGUUGCACAAGAUGAGGAUAAUUAUAAAGAGGCUAUUGAUUCAUCAUUCAAAGUAUUUGCUCCCCGAGGAAUUAGUAUGGAGUUGCAACAGAUACUAAAUGAUAGUGCUGCUGAAGUAGAUUCUAAUUCGUCAGAUUUUUGGGUAUUGGUGGCAGCUCUGAAGGAUUUCAUUGCAAAUGAAGGGGGCGGGGAGGCACCUCUUGAAGGAUCUAUACCGGAUAUGACUUCUUCCACUGAGCAAUAUGUGAAUUUGCAGAAUAUCUAUCACGCCAAAGCUGAGGCUGAUUUUCUUGUAAUAGAACGUGUAGCGAGAGGUAUAUUGAAGAAGAUUGGUAGAGAUUCAAAUAGCAUUCCAAGGUCAACGAUUAAAAGCUUCUGUAAAAAUGCAAGAAAACUCAAAGUUUGCAGGUACCGUCUAAUUGAAGAUGAGUUUAAUGCUCCAAACUUACCUGAUUUACAGAAGUACUUAACUGAUGAGGAUUCCAGCAUUGCCAUGGGAAUUUAUAUUUUGCUUCGAGCGGCUGACCGGUUUUCUGCCAAUUACAAUAGUUUUCCCGGCCAAUUUGACAGUGCCAUGGACGAGGAUAUACCUCGAUUAAAGAGCACAGCAAUCGGCUUACUUAAUGACUUGGGAUGCAAUGGGGCCACUUUGGCUGAGGACCUUAUCAACGAGAUGUGUCGCUUUGGUGCUGCAGAGCUUCAUGCUGUUGCUGCUUUGGUUGGAGGAAUUGCAUCGCAAGAAGUGAUCAAGCUCAUAACAAAGCAAUUCGUACCAAUGUCCGGAACCUACAUAUUCAACGGCAUUGACCACAAAUCACAGCUGUUGUCACUAUAACUGCUUGUCAUGGUAGUAGUUGCUGUUUUUUUACUAUGGUUCAAUUUCGUAUUCUCAACAUAACUUUUAAUGGUUCUGGCAUAGAUUUAUAUAAGAAGAAGAUAUAAGGGCUUGAUGGAGCGGACAAUCGUUUAUCCUUUAAUCUUAUGCUCACUACCGAGGGCUUUUUUGCUCGUUAGGUGGACAAAAGUGGAUUCUUGUUUUAUACACAAAUUUUGUAACCGAAUAUGGAUGUCAGACUAACAUCAAUAUUGGAAGAUAUUUAUUUGCAAAAUUUAAGUGCUCUCCUAAUGAAAUGAAUUAUUCGCCUACAUGUUA